AGACGCAUUGUGGCGGCGAUGGUGGCGACGAGGGGGAGAGGGUGAGGGUCGGUAAAGAGCGUGAGGACUUUUCGCGCUUUUUACAUCACUCGGAGAUCGUGACCCUUUCUCAUCCAUUUCACACGUUAUCGACGGCCGCAUCACCGGUCCCCGGACGCUCGAGCCCGCACGAAUAUCUGCGCCUUACUCCCACCCAUUGUACUCGCAGAAUAGCAGGCCUUUGUUCGGGAUAGACAGUGCCUUGUCCUCUCUUCUCUUAUACGGUACUCAGGCCCGCCCCCUCUCUGUUCCUCGUCCAGAGCCUGCUCGCGCAUCGGACGGAGGGCACCGGCCAUGCCAUACUCCCGGCCGCACUGCACUCGCUUUCUCCGCGAGGGUAGCGAUGUGUAACGUUCAUCAUGCAUGACCCACGUCGACCUCAUUGCUGCCACAGACCAAGCCCGAUCCCAUCCCCACCACUGUACGUGCGCCUUGCGAUCUAUCUGCCACUAGAAAUCGCGUCGUUUGAAACGGCCCCAGGACGAUCCUCCGACCACCCAAACCCUCCUUGGAACGCAGGGAUGGCUAGGACAAUGCGAACGGCUAGAACAAUGGCUUGGUCCAACCCGGAAAUUUGCUUCCACGGAAAUUCGAACUGCUGCACGUGCACUCCACGUGUUAUCUUCGGCCCUGGACGUCACGUCCGCCAUCCUCGCAUAUCGGCAUCUCAGCUCAUCUCAGACCCUCUCAUGGCUACCGGCUGCAGUCCUGCUCCAAAACCUCCCUUCCCAUGGCGACUGUCUGUGCGCCGCGCGGAAAGGUGCUGUGCGACGCUCGGAAUAACCGCGGUGUGCACGCCCUCGAUUAUUCUUCACACGUCACGCUCCACCUCCCCAUGUUCAGGCGCCCGACCAUUGUCUCCGAAAUCGGGAUCUUCUUUUGACGACUUGCAGAACGAAAGCGCGACCUCCAAUUUGUUGGUAUGGACUGGCAAAAUUCCAGGGCCUGGUCCCCGAUCGUGCAGUCCUUGUACUUUGCUUCCGUCCACCGGAUUCGGGCAAAUUUGCUUCCACCUCCGAGCUUGGAGGAGUCCGUCAAGAGCGUAUGUUGUCUUAGUUUGUUCGCACUGGCAGGCGAGGAAUUGUUAGAGAAAGAAUCAUCUUUCCAUAUUGUUUGGACCUCCAUCUCGCAUAAACAUUUUCUCUCUGCUUCCAUCGCAUCCACCCGAAGAUUCGCUGCCUAAUCGACAACAAACGAUUGGCUGGCGAUGCGUACGCCUUCCUUGAUUGCACGUCUUCUCGGAGGCAGGGAUGUGUACGCCUUCAAGCCACCGUCCCUGGCUUGCUUCCUGGCAUCAACUUCGAUUCUUUGGCCUUCCAUAUUGUCUAUCUCGCCUAUCUCUGUGCACGCAUACCCAUUUCUGACGGUUUGCGUCCGCUAUACGUUCUUGGGGUGCAAUGCUUGCGCGAACAUUUCUAUCGGCGGAAGCGCUGAGCGCUCAGCCCUUCGUCACUGGUCAGCAGGAACUCAGCCACAAUCUACGCCUGAUGCGACCGGUGCGCAUUGUAAUCUGCCUGUUCAGC